GUGUGUGAGUGUGUGUGUGUGUGGCGCUGUUGUGGGGUCGGCGCGAGCUAGCCAGCCAGUGAGAGGUUAGCGCCCGGACGGUAGAGAUACGCUCCUGCGGCCCAAGCUGUCUAUUCCACUCGCCACACUGCAUCCUGGAUAAUUCCAUCAUUUGUCGCUGUUGGUCGCUCCGCUCCUCAACUUGUGGUACUAUGCGAGACUUGCGAUUCACGUUGAUCCGUGAGCCUGUCUUGACUCUGAAAGUUGUCCAUUAUCUACGAUUAUUGACUUUAAUGUGCAUCUUGUUAGAUUUAUAAGUGUGCGGGAAAUUUUUUUACUAAAUUCAACAAGAUUACCACCGACGCGACUUUUGCCUACUAUACUUGACGAAUACAUACGAAAGCUGUCAAGAUGAAUAGUAAUCGGAUGGUAGUAGCACAGCGGGGGGUCAUUCCGCCCCCAAAACACUAUGCUGACUCUGUCUGGUUUAAAUAUAUUCUAUCAUGCUGUGCAGCUACCACAGCGGAAAUGGUUACCUAUCCCUUGGACCUGACAAAAACGCGUUUGCAGAUCCAGGGGGAGAAAGGACUAAAUGGAAGUUGUCAGCCUCAACCAUACAGAGGAUUAGCCAGUACUGGUGUUGGGAUUAUACGAGAAGAAGGUAUGCUGAGAUUGUGGCAGGGAGUGACACCUGCUGUUUACAGACACUUGAUAUACUCAGGUACACGAAUGGUACUGUACGAAAAAGUGCGUGAUCGCCUCUUCACUACACGAGCAGAUGGUACGAGGCCCGUCUGGCAAGCGAUAGUAGGAGGAAUCCUGGUAGGAGGCAUUGCUCAGUUCCUGGCCUCUCCGGCAGAUUUGAUCAAAGUGCAAAUGCAAAUGGAGGGAAGAAGACGCCUUGAAGGAAAGGCCCCACGUAUACAUAGUGCAAGUGAGGCAUUCGUAAAAAUCUACAAUGCAGGAGGUCUUCGGGGUUUGUGGAAGGGGUGUAUGCCCAACGUGUAUCGCUCGGCGUUCGUCAAUUUAGGAGACCUUACCACAUACGACUCUGUGAAGAGAUAUUUUGUCAACACCUGGGCCUUGUCUGAUAACUACUGGACGCACGCCUUGUCCAGCGCAUGUUCAGGGCUGGUGUCGGCCGUUAUGGGCUGCCCUGCUGACGUAGUAAAGGCCAGAGUUAUGAACCAGCCUACUGAUAACAAGAGCAGUGAUAUAAAAAGAGUUCACGGAUCUAGAAACAGGGGUCUGCUGUAUAGAAAUUCCUUGGACUGUUUGUUGAAGACUGUCCAUAAUGAGGGUUUUUGGGCACUAUACAAGGGAUUUAUCCCAUGCUGGCUACGCAUGGGGCCUUGGUCUCUCACCUUCUGGUUGACAUAUGAACAGAUAAGAAAUUUGAGUGGCACCUCUGCAUUUUAGAUGCUGCAGGUGCUUGUAUUGAAAAUAUUUUGAAUUAAACCAAGAAUGAAGUAACUAUACCUAUACAUUGUUAGGUUUAAAAACAAUAGUCAGUAAUAUAUUUGAAAUGCAUCUCACAUUUUGUAAUAAAAUGGAAGCACAUUCCAGUUUCAUAUUGCAACCAAAAAAAGUUUAGGCAUAUAGAGAGAGAUGAUUGCAAGAAGAAUACUAAAUAUAAAUAAAGUACAAGAGGUUAGAUUGAUCGAUGAGCAACUAACGUCAUGGAAUGGGAAGUGAAGGAAUAAAUGCAGGAAAGUUGUAACAAGAGAUAUUGAGCAAGUUUGAGGAAUAUGGACCCAGAGGUAUUUAAACAGAAAAUAAUGAUGCUACCCCGUAGGUACAAGUGAAUGGUUCACAAACUGGGAAUUGAUAAAAUGCUGUUAAUGUACAAGUUCUUUGCUCAUGAUUUUUCUGCCCAGGAAUGGAAGAUGUUGAGAAAAAUAUUGUAAAUAGAUUUUCAGUACUUUAAAUACUUUGAAUAAAGCAAAACUUGUCAAAGUUCUAUAGCACUUCAGUAGGUUUAUUUAAAUAUGCCUAAUUGUAUUAUCUCAGGCCUCGGUGAAUUGCAGAAGAAAAUUAAGAGUAAACAUUGUGUUAGUUUAUGUACUGUACUAUGAUAUUCCUGAUAAAAUUUCAGAUAUGGAAAUAUGAGAGUGAGUGAGUGAACCUGGCCAGCUGUAGCUGUGAAGUCUUGUGCUACAAUACUUGUGGACCACAUUAUUUUACACCCAAGACACAGUUGAACUUUGUUUUGUUAUGUAUAGCAUGUAGUUU